AAUCUGCUGGAACAUCUUCUCAGAAGAGUGGAGCUUCUUAUAAGAGCAAAAGAGACUAAAGGUGGAAAGGGAUGUUCAGAAAGAAGCCAAUCUUAUGCUCAGGUGUCUUCCAGUCUGAGUAGUCUAGAACAUGCAGGUGAACAUCCACACCAGCACCUUAAAAAUAUUCCUCUUGUACAGCAAUACAGCGCUCACAGCGUUCCCGUCACUUCUGGAACGUGUCCCUGAACGUGAAACAUUCAUCCCAAAGGUGUUCAAGAGGGUUGGAGCUCAGAGUGGAGGACGGCUGAGCAUAAGCUUGACUUCUUUUUGAGCAACCCAUUCCACCUGUAGUCCCCGUAUGAUCUUACUGCAACCUCCACUCUUUUGAGAAGAUGUUCUAAAUUCCGUGAAGAUUCCGUCAGAUAUGGUGAUGUGAGCGUGAGAACCUAAUCCCAAUAUGUUUGGAGCUCUAGAUCUUCUACAUCUUUCAAACCAUGGAAAGCAUAUUUUCAUGGAGCUGGAUGUGUGCACAGUUUUGGUCUCCUCGUUUAGAAUUUUAUCCGAAAGACGUCCAAUCGUGUUCCUCUAAAUCUGUGGUUUGAGUUUGAGGAUGCUUCAGACCAGAUGGAGGGGUUCGAGAAUACAUUCAGCGACACAGACUCGAUUUCAUUUCGCAACUUCCUGUGUGCCGAGGUGAAUUACCAAACGCCUGGUGGAAAUGUGGAAAUGUGGAAAUCACGGUCUGCUACGUGCACAUUAAACCUCACGACUGAUGUUUCUUCUCUUAAACCGCUAAAAGAUUAUCUUCGAGUGCGGAUCGACAAGAAAUAUCUCUGUGUAGGCUUUGCUGUGAUGGUACUGCUCCAGGUGAUCACUCCUGCCUCUCUCUUCCUUCUUCUCACGUUAUCCGUGGUUGUUGAGUCCCAGCGAAGUUUGGAGAUGAUUUACACACACCACUCAGUCUGUGCUCUGAAGGGAUCUUCAGUCACUCUCGGCUGCAGAUACUCCAGGAGAAGCCUCUUCAGAAAAAGUUUCAGUAGAGUUUUCUGGAGCAAAGCAGUUUUCACAUUGAAGGAGCCUCCUGAUCUGUCUGCAGAUCCUCAGUACAUAGGCAGGGUUCAGUACCUCAAAAACACCCCACAAGACUGUACCCUCAGACUGAGCAACGUGACGGACCAGGACUCCAGCAAAUAUUAUGCGACGGGUGUUACCUCAGAGGGGCAAGUCAUCCAAGGUAGCGGCGGAGUCAACCUUUCAGUCACAGAUCUUCAGGUGGAGAUGAUUCCUAGUAUGGUUGAAGAACAAGAUUUAGUCACUCUGACAUGCAAAACCAGCUGCAUUUUUAGCGACAGCCCAACAUUCACCUGGUACAAAAACGAUCGUGAACUGGACUCCAUCUCUGAGAAUCUUAUACUGUGGUCAGUCACUCAGCAGGAUGCAGGCAAAUACAGCUGCUCUGUGGAGGGAGAAAGUGUUCGCUCCCCUCAUAUCGCUCUUUUUGUGCACUAUCCUCCGAAAAGCGUCUCGGUGUCCAUCAGCCCCUCGGGGGAUAUUGCGGAGGGCAGUUCGGUGACUCUAAUGUGCAGCAGUGAUGCUAACCCACCUGCCCGUGUGUACACCUGGUAUAAAGAGAGAAGUUUAAUAGGAACGGGAAAAACGCACAACAUCCGGAAGAUCAGCUCUGAGGACAGUGGAUUCUACAAGUGCAAGGCCGGGAAUCUGUACGGAGAAAAAGAGUCUGAUGAAGCAGUUGUAAAUGUUCGGUACGCCCCGAAAAGCGUCUCAGUGUCCAUCAGUCCCUCAGGUGAGAUAGUAGAGGGCGCUACAGUGACCCUGUCCUGCAGCAGCGAUGAUAAGUCGCCGCUCCCUGACUACACCUGGUAUAAAGGAACAUCGAUUCUCGGAAGAGAAAGCACCUACAUCAUUAGAAAGAUCAAACCUGAGGACAGUGGACAGUACAAGUGCAAGUUCAGCAAUGGAUACGGGGAGAGAUACUCCGACGACGUGACUCUCAGCGUUUUGUAUGCGCCCAAGAAAUCUUCAGUGUCGAUCAGCCCCUCGGGGGAUAUUGUGGAGGGCAGUUCAGUGACUCUGACGUGCAGCAGCGAUGCAAACCCACCUGCCUUUGAGUACACCUGGUAUAAAGAGAGCAGUUUAAUAGGAACGGGAAAAACACACAGCAUCAAGAAGAUCAGCUCUAAAGACAGAGGAGGCUACAAGUGCAAGGCCAGGAAUCCGUAUGGAGAGAAAGAGUCUGAUAAAGCAGCUGUAAAUGUUCGGUAUCCUCCGAAAAGCGUCUCAGUGUCCAUCAGCCCCACAGGGGAUAUUGCGGAGGGCAGUUCAGUGACUCUGAAGUGCAGCAGCAAUGCAAACCCACCUGUCCUUGAGUACACCUGGUAUAAAGAGAGCAGUUUAAUAGGAACGGAAAAAACGCACAACAUCCGGAAAAUCAGCUCUGAGGACAGUGGAUUCUACAAGUGCAAGGCCGGGAAUCCGUACGGAGAGAAAGAGUCUAAUGAAGCAGUUGUAAAUGUUCGGUACGCCCCGAAAAGCGUCUCAGUGUCCAUCAGUCCCUCAGGUGAGAUAAUAGAGGGUGCUACAGUGACCCUGUCCUGCAGCAGCGAUGAUAAGUCGCCUCUCCCUGACUACACCUGGUAUAAAGGAACAUCGAUUCUCGGAAGAGAAAGCAUCUACAUCAUUAGAAAGAUCAAACCUGAGGACAGGGGGCAGUACAAGUGCAAGUUCAGCAAUGGAUACGGGGAGAGAUACUCCGACAACGUGACUCUCAGCGUUUUGUAUGCGCCCAAGAAAUCUUCAGUGUCGAUCAGCCCCUCGGGGGAUAUUGUGGAGGGCAGUUCAGUGACUCUGACGUGCAGCAGCGAUGCAAACCCACCUGCCUUUGAGUACACCUGGUAUAAAGAGAGCAGUUUAAUAGGAACGGGAAAAACACACAGCAUCAAGAAGAUCAGCUCUAAAGACAGAGGAGGCUACAAGUGCAAGGCCAGGAAUCCGUAUGGAGAGAAAGAGUCUGAUAAAGCAGCUGUAAAUGUUCGGUAUCCUCCGAAAAGCGUCUCAGUGUCCAUCAGCCCCACAGGGGAUAUUGCGGAGGGCAGUUCAGUGACUCUGAAGUGCAGCAGCGAUGCAAACCCACCUGCCCUUGAGUACACCUGGUAUAAAGAGAGGAGUUUAAUUGGAACGGAAAAAACGCACAACAUCCGGAAAAUCUGCUCUGAGGACAGUGGAUUCUACAAGUGCAAGGCCGGGAAUCCGUACGGAGAGAAAGAGUCUAAUGAAGCAGUUGUAAAUGUUCGGUACGCCCCGAAAAGCGUCUCAGUGUCCAUCAGUCCUACAGUUCUUCCAAAGCAACCCUCAAUAUCCAUCAGUCCCUCAGGUGAGAUAGUAGAGGGCGCUACAGUGACCCUGUCCUGCAGCAGCGAUGAUAAGUCACCUCUCCCUGACUGCACCUGGUAUAAAGGAACAUCGAUUGUCGGAAGAGGGAGCACCUACAUCAUUAGAAAGAUCAAACCUGAGGACAGGGGGCAGUACAAGUGCAAGUUCAGCAAUGGAUACGAGGAGAGAUACUCCGACAACGUGACUGUCAGCAUUUUGUAUGCGCCCAAGAAAUCUUCAGUGUCGAUCAGCCCCUCGGGGGAUAUUGUGGAGGGCAGUUCAGUGACUUUGAGGUGCAGCAGUGAUGCAAACCCACCCGUCACCUACACCUGGUUCAAAGAAAACGUGUUUAUAAGUACAGCGAGAACCUACACCUUUACCAAGAUCAGCCCUGAAGACAGCGGCGAGUAUAAGUGCAAGUCCGGCAAUCGAUUCGGAGUGAAAUACUCGAACGUUGAUCUAAACGUUUUGUACCCCCCUAGGAAUGUCUCAAUGUCCAUAAGCUCCGCAGGUGAGACAGUGACUUUGACCUGUAGCGCCGCCGCUAACCCACCCGUCCACAACUACACCUGGUUUAAGGACAAUGAAAGGUUGGCUGUAGGAGUCGGACAGAAUUACAGCAUCACAAUGAAUUUCAGCAGCGACGGAUGGUUUUCCUGUGAGGCCCGGAAUAAAUACGGGAAUCAGAGAGCUCCUCCGGUGUCCCUCAUGCUAAACGGAGAGACAGAGAAUUCCAUGGUUUCAUGGAUAAUCAUUGGAGUCGGGGUCGGGGUAGGAGUCGUUGUUGGCGUGGCGGCAUUCAUAGCCGGACUUUUCUGCGUCAGGAGCAAGAGACAGAAAAAAAACACAACAAAACAUCAGGACGUUGACACUCAUAUUGAAGACAACACUUACACGUCUCUCAAACCCAUGACUAUGUGCUCCAAAGAUGUGUGCUUCACCCUCGCGGACGUUGACACUCAUAUUGAAGACAACACUUACACGUCUUUCGAACCCAUGACCAUGUGCUCCAAAGAUGUGUGCUUCACGCCAUGUAAGUGA